CUUCGGCAUGUUGCGACCUACGAUGCCCACUGAACAGCAACAAGGAAAGAUAAUCAACAACCACUGAGCACUCUGUCAGUUUCGACAUAAUCUGUCAAAUUCUGACUCGGAAAUGACCCUCAAAUUGUUCACCAAACAGCCAUGGAAGACGCUCUAUCUCGCUUUCAAGCUUUCUACCAUCCUUCUGCUAGUGCCAGCGUGGUCGAUAACGUAUCUCUUUACGCGGCCUCGGCCCACAUGGUCGUGGCGCCAUGCUAUGGUAGUUGCGCUUCUGCGACACCUGACUUCUUUGUCAGUCGUUGUAGGAAAACUUGAUCACCUACCAGACUACCGAACCGUCGACCCUGACGCUGAGGGUGUCUGGAUAGGCGGGGUACCACACCUCAUUACUGCAGAACUCAAAAUUUGGUCAGCGGUGGCUGGUGUCACCUCGAUAAACAUCCCAGGAUACUGGUAUGCAAGGAAAGGUCUGGACCCGAGACCUACUGCGCCAGUCAAACCUAACCAAAGGGUUUUCCUAUUCCUACAUGGGGGCGGGUUUACUCAGUUGUCUGCGCACCCCAAGGCCAUGACAUCUAAUUUACCUCGCAGUCUCGUGGAGUUGGUCAAUGAUGCGCCGUACGCGCUCGCAGUUGAAUACCGUCUCUCAUCAUCCUACCCGUUUGCUGAAGAGCACCCGUUCCCGACUGCUCUCCUCGAUGCACUUGCUGGGUACGAUUACCUUGUCGGCGUCAUGGGAUACAGACCCUCGAACAUCAUUGUCGUUGGUGACUCUGCUGGCGGAAAUAUCGCACUGGCUUUGACACGGUACCUCGUAGAAAACGAGGGUACUACCAAAGUUCCUCUUCCCGGUCCACCCGGACUCCUCCUCCUCAGCUCGCCCUCGGUAGAUUUGAGUAACUCUCAUUUGACUCCCGGCUCUUCUGCACUCACUCACGACAUGGACAUCCUCGGGGGCUUCUAUGGAGAUCCGAAACGCGUACCAUAUCGCACAUACGCCUACAUUGGUCCUUUCGGAUUCGGUAUGGCGUCGUGUAACCGAUACAUAUCACCGGCGUCUCUGAGUUCAUUGAUGCAAGUACGGUUCAAAAAUUUCCCCCGCACGUUUAUUGCCGCGGGAGGAGCUGAGAGGUUCCUUGACCUGAUACGCACACUGAGAGAUAGGAUGGUCAAGGAUAUGGGCGAAGCCCACGUUACGUAUCACGAAGCGGACGAUGCGAUACACGAUUAUCUCGUCUUUCCCUGGCACCCUAGCCGUGCCGCUACUCUUACAGCCGUGCAAAAGUGGCUUACCUGAGGUUGGUCACUGGUAGGACAGCAUAGUAUUCCUCGAUUUUCCAUCGACUUCGGCUUUGUGGUAGGUUUGCAAUGCUAUCACACACCUACCUUGACUCGUUGGACGUGAUGCGUCGACGUCUCGACCCCGGUGAAUAUAAUAGUUCUUUCAGUCAGUCUCACCGUUCGCCGCUCCUCUGUAGCUCAGUAUGUAGUAUAUGAAAAAUCGUUUACUGUAGUGCAUCUCGCGUUCUAUCUCUGGCCAUUACGAUAUGUAUCUAGUCUCAUUUCUAGAUCGAGUUGUUGUGGACUAUCGUUCUUGGCCUUUUUCGAAGGAUUGUUGAAGGAAUUUUUCUCGUCUCAUUUUUAACUUUCUCAGCUAGUCCCUCAAGGCCUCGGCCUAUUGCUUCAG